AUGAUCUCCCCACCUUUCUUUUACCAUAUUGCAUAUGGAGCGCUAGCCCAGGAAGUCCUAGGCGAGAGCGUAGAAGUGAGCGCUCUACACGACGAAGUGACUCUCCAAUGCAAGCAGCUGGACGAGGUCACGACAUCGGAAGAGAUCGCCUCGGCCAUCAAGGACCAAGGUGGAGUGGUGGUAGCAAAUGCGUCCAUCCGUCUGCGAAGAGGACCGCAGGAGACGCAGAUUGCCACGGUGAAGUUACCGGCCAUCGACGCUAACAAGGUGAUCAAAGUGGGUAAGCUGAAAGUUGGCUGGUCAGUAUGUCCAGUCAGCCUCUACCAACCACCGGUAGUCGACAAGUGCUUCCGCUGCCUCGAACCGGGACACAAAUCGUGGGCGUGCAAAGGGCCGGAUAGGAGUAACCUAUGUAGGCGAUGCGGCGAAGAGGGCCAUAAGGCGCACACGUGCGAGAAAGCACCAUCGUGUACGCUAUGCGCGAGCAGGAAGCAGGAACAUAACCACGCUAUGGGUGGACCUGCGUGCCCGUUGAGUGGUUAUACGAGGAAGCCGUGCAAGUAA